AUGGGUAUUCGCCUCGGAGACAUCGCGCCCGACUUUGAGGCGCAGACCACGAAGGGGGACAUCAAGUUCCACGAGUGGAUCGGCAACAGCUGGGCCAUCCUCUUCUCGCACCCCGGUGACUUCACCCCCGUCUGCACGACCGAGCUCGCAGAGGUGGCGCGGAGGGCGCCUGACUUUGAAAAGCGCAACGUCAAGCUGAUCGGUAUCUCCGCCAACGGCCUCUCCGACCACGAGAAGUGGGUCGAGGACAUCAACGAGUGGGGCGCGCGCUACGGCCCCACGAAUGUCCAGUUCCCCAUCAUUGCGGACGAGGACCGCAAGAUCUCUACGCUCUAUGACAUGCUCGACUUCCAGGACGCGACGAACCGCGACAACAAGGGCCUCCCCUUCACGAUCCGUACCGUCUUCAUCAUCGACCCGAAGAAGGUCGUCCGCCUCACGCUCUCCUACCCCGCCUCUACCGGGCGCAACUUUGACGAGAUCAUCCGUGUCGUCGACUCGCUCCAGACCGGUGACAAGUACCGGGUGACAACGCCGGUGAACUGGAAGGUCGGCGACGACGUGAUCGUGCACCCGUCCGUCUCGAAUGAGGAGGCGAAGACGCUGUUCCCAGAGUUCACCAUCCACAAGCCCUACCUGAGGACCACUCCGCUCAAGGUGGACUAA